CCGGGGGUGCGGCCGGCGGCUCACGGGACCGGGCUGGGAGCGUUCGCCCUGUCACUUUUCUGGAAGAAUGAGUCUGCCCUUUCUUUCCCGGCUGUGAAUUGGGCUUUCAGCCCAGGUGCUCUCUGGGUCGCAGUCUCCAUGAGAAGAGCGAGGGUCAACAGCCAGGCGCGGGGACUGUGGCGCCGUCGCCCAUGAGGUGCGCGUCCUGGGAUGCGCUGGGCAUUCGUUGGGCGGCGAGUGGUGGAGCCCAUUGCUGCCGCCCCUGUGGACUGGGCGUUUCACACACCCAGAGCAGCUCGGGUAGAACUGGCUAAAGUCUUCAGGGAUUGUUGAAUUGCUGAGGAAUUUGGAAAAAGACAAGCUGAAACUCAUUCCAUGGAUCCCUUGGGUGCACCUUCCCAGUUUGUGGAUGUGGAUACUCUGCUAAGCUGGGGUGACUCAUGUGAAGAUGAAUUAAAUUCUUCUGAUACUACAGCUGAAACAUUUCAGGAAGAUAUUAUUAGAUCACCUUUUCUUUAUAAUAAGCUUAUCAAUGGAAAAGUGGUUCUUUGGAAAGGUGAUGUGGCAUUAUUGAACUGUACAGCCAUUGUGAAUACCAGCAAUGAAAACCUCACAGAUAAGAACCCUGUGUCAGAAAGUAUCUUCAUGCUUGCAGGGCCUGAUUUGAAGGAGGACCUACAGAAGCUGAAAGGUUGCCGAACAGGUGAAGCAAAAUUGACGAAAGGUUUUAAUCUAGCUGCUCGGUUCAUCAUUCACACAGUGGGGCCAAAGUACAAGAGCCGCUAUCGCACAGCAGCUGAGAGUUCCCUGUACAGCUGCUACAGAAAUGUACUUCAGCUAGCAAAAGAGCAGUCAAUGUCUUCUGUUGGAUUCUGUGUCAUCAAUUCUGCAAAACGAGGUUAUCCCUUGGAGGAUGCAACGCACAUAGCACUCCGAACUGUAAGGAGAUUCCUAGAGAUUCACGGUGAUACCAUUGAAAAAGUGGUAUUUGCUGUCACUGAACUUGAAGAGGCUACUUACCAAAAGCUGCUACCUCUGUACUUCCCAAGGUCAUUAAAGGAGGAAAGUCGAUCAUUGCCAUACCUACCUGCAGAUAUUGGAAAUGCCGAAGGGGAGCCUGUGGUGCCUGAACGGCAGAUCAGAAUAAGCGAAAAACCUGGUGCUCCAGAGGACAACCAAGAAGAAGAAGAUGAAGGCUUGAGAGAUGAUCUGUCUUUCAUUGGCUCUCAUGCUUUUGCUAGAAUGGAAGGAGAUAUUGAUAAGCAAAGAAAACUGAUCCUUCAGGGACAAUUGUCUGAGGCAGCCCUGCAGAAGCAGCAUCAAAGAAAUUAUAAUCGGUGGUUGUGUCAAGCGAGAUCUGAAGAUCUGUCUGAUAUUGCAUCUCUGAAAGCUUUAUACCAAACAGGUGUGGAUAACUGUGGCCGUACAGUGAUGGUAGUAGUUGGAAGAAACAUCCCUGUCACACUGAUAGAUAUGGAUAAGGCUCUCUUAUAUUUUAUCCAUGUAAUGGAUCACAUUGCUGUGAAGGAAUAUGUAUUAGUAUAUUUUCACACACUGACCAGCGAAUACAAUCAUCUGGACUCUGACUUCCUGAAGAAACUCUACGAUGUUGUUGAUGUCAAGUACAAGAGGAAUUUGAAAGCUGUUUAUUUUGUACAUCCAACAUUUCGUUCAAAGGUAUCAACAUGGUUUUUCACCACCUUUUCUGUCUCAGGACUGAAGGACAAAAUUCACCAUGUGGACAGUCUGCACCAGCUAUUUUCUGCCAUAUCACCAGAACAGAUCGACUUUCCUCCUUUUGUCCUUGAAUAUGAUGCCAGGGAAAAUGGGCCUUACUAUACACCUUACCCUCCGUCACCAGAUUUGUGACCUACCAUCUUCCAGCGCUUCCUGGUUCCAAGGAUGCCACUUGAGCGUUGAAUCGCUGCCUAUUGAAGUCAUGUUCAUUUUGCUGUACAGAUCCAGAGAGCCUUUUGUCCCCACCUCUCUGGUAUUUUUUUAUUGACUAUAUUUUCUGGCACAUAAGCAAUCUAAACCUGGUAGGCCAUUCUGAACUGCACACUUUAAAUUUGUAUAUUUGUAUCAAAUGGAGCGUUCAUUUGUAGAAUGUUGUUAACAGAAACUGGGGGGCAGCUUCUGAGUAUCUUCAGUUUCCUGAAGGACACUGGCUUCUCCAUUAUACGAGCCACCAACACUCUUCACUUCAUUUCUUAAACAUUGCACGCUUCCUUUGUAUAUUUGUUUCUUGAAAUAUACAGAACCAGUGGCUGCUGACCAGAUGCACUGUUUAUUUCAGAUCCUGAUGUCAGUACCAUUUACAUCUUAUAUAUGUUAUCUGUUCAUAAUAUAAAUAUAAAAGAAUUGUCAUCUGGGACCAAGAAUGUGGAAUUAUGUCUGAUCAAAACCAUAAAACACAUUAGCAAAAUACAGUGUUUACAGUUUUACUGUACAAGUUAAGACUAAGACUGAAGUACUGAGCUUCCUUGGGUCAUACAGUUCAUUAAGAUCAUCACUGUUCUGAUCUCACCAGUAUGGAGAAACAACAUGACUGUAUUUUCAACCCUUUUCCAGUAACCAUAGGUGAGUUGGUCUCUAAUUAAAAGGAGUGAAGAGAGUUUCCAAAGACUCCAUCACUGAUGCUGGGGAUUCAGCUCAGUGACACUGCGCCUGCCUCGCAAGUGCAGGGUCUUGAGUUCGAUCCCCAGUACCAAAAAAGAAAAAAGACUCCAUCAAAAGUGCACUGCCUUCCCUUUGUCAUAAGUAGUGUUGUUCAGCUCAUCAUCUCUUGAGUUGCCUACAUUAGUACAGAGGAAGUAUGUUAAGUGGCCAAAUCCAGGGACCUGGUAAUUAAUUGGCUUUUAUCCAGACCACUUUUGCCACUUGGGCUUAAUUUGUCCCUUAGCUUGUUUAUGAGUAAAAAUUAGAAUUCUGCCAUCUACUUCACAAAGGUAUCAUGAAGAUAGCUUUCAGAAUGAAGAUGGCAUUUAGAAAGAACUUCCUGUCUUUGGAUGAAAACUGCUGAGGGAGUUUGUGUGAUGCAGUGUCUUCAUUUCAUUUUUAAAUGGGGAUAAAUACACUUGAGGGAAUGCUACAAGGCACUUCUUUUGUCCUUGGCACCUUCUGAGUAGCCUUCCCCUAAAACUUUCAAGGGGAACAAGAGCUGUUAGUGCAAAACCCCAAUCUUGAAGACCUACUCUCUGUUUUGUAGAGAAUUUCUUGUAGCCUGCUCCUCCCCCCUGUGCUGCGCUUUAACAAGAGCGACAUCUGUUUUCCAUUGUAAAAAUUUCUUCUUGAACUAAGGUCGAACCAUUAUCAUUUCCAUCUGGGUGUCCUCAUACUCUUAUGAUUCCUACACCCACCCACUUCUGCCUUCCUAACCCCAUGAGGUACAUUUGCAGUUAAGGGAAGAAGAAGUAGAACCGUUAUGUUCUAAUGUGCUCAGUAUUGAUGUUUCCAAGGAUCCCAUUCUCCUCUGCCCCAACUAGUUCUUUAAUGGAGAUAAAGGAAACAGACUCUCCAUUUAUAAUAGGAAAAUCCCCUGCAGUAAGUAGUGCCGGCCCUAUCUAUCCUGUGUGUUCCCAUAUAAACAAGAAGGAACUUCCUAUUUCCCGGAUCCACAUUCUUACCUUGCUCAUGGACACAUUUAGUUUGUGUCUAUACACUGUUUGUUCUUCCUGUAUACUAAUAUGCUGAGGCCUUCCUGCUGCGUUCCCUAGGUCAUGGAGGCCAGGCAGCCAGUCAGAGGUCAGGUGGUAAGCGGCUUUUCAUGCUGAUCUUCUCUGUGUUAUUCCAAUUUUAGUAUAUGUGCUGCCGAAGCGAGCAAAGCUGCUUUUCAAAGAGAACUCCUUUAACCACUUAAGCCUUGGAAAUCUGGAACUUAAACUUCACCUAAACUAGUCAACUGUUGGUCCAUAUCUGAGGUCUUUUUCACUAGAAGCAUCUAUAAAAAUAUGCCAGCUUUUCUCUUUUAAAGCUUUGCUUGAUACCUCAGUUUGACCCAUUGCUGCUAUAAAUAAUAGAGAUUGCCAAUUACUUUGCCAUUUGGAAGAGAAGUAAAUUUAUAUACAGUAUAUAGUUUCUUACAGGCAAUAAUUCUGAAAGAAUAUUCGUUUGCUUUAUUCAGACUAAUAUAUUAAUGCUCAGUAACACAAGCAGGAUUUCUGCAUAUGCUGAGAUUCCAGCACAGUUGAUGUGCUAGGGUACGAAGGUGGCAUGGACUAUAUGCAUAUCAACUGGAUGUCAUAAUUUAAUGUUGACUAAAGAACAUAAGGACCACUCUUCUCAGUGGAAUGAAAUAUGGUAUGGGACCAAGUUGGUGUUUUUAUGGUUGUCCAGAGUGUUAAACAGUGCAGUUGUUUUCUAGAGAGGAAAGUAAUGACCCUGAUAUUGAAAUGAUGAAGUACUUUUCAUGUAUUUGUGCUUUUGUCGGGAGGUUUGAUAGCCUGCAUCACACAUGCCAUUUUCAAAGAUAUAUGGAGGAUAAAGGGUGAUGGGUGGAGAUAGCAUCUGAUGUUAAUCUAAAGCACCACCGAGUCCUUCUUCAGUUAAACUUCAGUCAUGCCAGAUGUAGUUGAAUUGCUGAAAACAUAGCUUAGAAAAUAUUAAUUUGUUAAUUCAUGUAAGGCAUAAUAGGAUUUUUUUCAAAGAAAAGCAUUUCUUCCUUCAGCAAUAUAUUUGGUCUCUUCUUUGUACACCCAUAUUUAAGUUUCUGGGCAGUGAAAAUGGUCUCUUAAAAAGCUCAGUCUUUAUCAGACUCUUAGGGAAAAAAGAUUUUGUUUCCUUAAAUAUAUGUCUGAUUUCAUUGGUUUAU